AUGACGUUCGGCUGCCUUUCACUUCUCCGCACGGGUUAUCAGUCUGGACAACUACACCCCGGAGAUGUGUGGCGUUUGUUCCUCUCUCGUGCCCGAGCGGACAAAGAAGCACAUGCAACCGGAUCUGCUCUAUCCAACUUGGGCGUGACACCGACAAAUGCGAUCCUGAGCAUUGUGGACCAAUCGCGCGUCUGCAUGCAUUUGGAACAUAUCAAACAGCCCGAUCGCGCCCGGGGACGAGAGUUGUUUCUCUGGGCCACACCGAUUCUCGUGAAAGAUAAUUUCUGUACGGACUGGACCAAGUGGGGACUGUUGACCACGUGCGCCUCUAGGGCGCUGGAAUCGUUUCAGGCUCCAUAUGAUGCAUGUGUAGUGGAUAUUUUGGCCCGUGAUGGUGCCUACGUUUUUGGCAAAACCAAUCUAGACGAAUUCGCGAUGGGAUGCGGUUCUACCGACAGUGCUCUUGCCGGUCCCGUCAUCAAUCCUUGGUCUUUUCAUCAACCCGGGACCGAGAAACCGUUGGUGAUUGCCGGUGGUAGCUCUGGUGGAAGUGCGGCCGCAGUCGCUGCUGGCCUGAGCCCGGUGGCUCUCGCUUCCGAUACGGGUGGCUCGGCCCGUAUCCCCGCAGCCUAUUGCGGUGUGGUUGGAUUGAAACCCACCUACGGCCUAUUCUCUCGGCAUGGUUUGAUUCCGUUGGCCGAUAGUCUUGACGUGCCUGCAGUGAUCGCCAAUUCCGUGGCUGAUGUGUCCGCUGUCCUAUUUACCUGGCUUGAUCCGGAUCUUCAACCGACCACUUCGUUGGAUGGAACGUGUGUACCUGUCGAACCCAGUUGGCGAAACAAAACCCGUGCACAGUUGCUUCAGAUGGCAAACGAAUCCCCCACGUGCCUGGAACCUCCUACACGAAUGCGGAUUGGUAUUCCGCUGGAAUAUCAUGUCCCAGGACUGGAUAAAAAUGUGGCCAAAGUAUGGGAUCAGGUGGCUGGUUGGUUAGUGGACGAAUUAAAGUACCCGGUACGAGUGGUUCGAAUGCCGCACACACCGAUGGCUACUAGUGUCUACUCGGUGUUAUGUGCAGCUGAAGUGGCUUCGAAUAUGGCCAGGUAA